AUGGAAGCGAUCGAGGAGUUGUCACAGUUAUCGGAGUCGAUGAAGCAAGCAGCGGCGUUGCUUGCCGAUGAGGAUGUUGACGAAAAUUCGAGGUCAAGUUCAAGACGGAACUCAACUUUUCUUAAUGUUGUUGGACUUGGCAACGUAGGUGCUGGUAAAUCUGCAGUUUUGAAUAGUGUAAUUGGACACCCUGUUCUGCCAACUGGUGAAAAUGGUGCCACUCGGGCUCCUAUAAGCAUUGGCUUGCAGAGGGAUGGUUCUUUGAGCAGCAAAUCAAUUAUCUUGCAGAUUGACAACAAAUCUCAACAAGUUUCUGCAAGUGCUUUGCGGCAUUCUUUACAGGAUAGGCUUAGUAAGGGCGCCACUGGCAAGGGUCGGGAUGAGAUAUAUUUGAAACUGCGCACAAGCACAGCUCCUCCCUUGAAAUUGAUUGACUUACCUGGCCUGGAUCAACGGAUCAUGGAUGAAUCUAUAGUUAGUGACUAUGCAGAGCACAAUGAUGCCAUUUUGCUAGUUGUUGUACCGGCUGCCCAGGCACCUGAAAUUGCUUCAUAUCGAGCCCUCAGGAUUGCCAAGGAGUAUGACGGAGAAGGUACUAGAACCGUUGGUAUAAUUAGCAAAAUAGAUCAAGCUGCUUCGGACCAGAAAGCUCUUGCGGCUGUUCAGGCUCUCUUGCUAAAUCAGGGGCCACCAAAAACUGCUGAUAUCCCAUGGGUUGCUUUAAUUGGUCAAUCAGUUUCAAUUGCUGCUGGGCAGUCUGGGUCUGAAACUUCUCUAGAAACUGCAUGGAAAGCAGAGAGUGAGAGUCUCAAAUCCAUACUGACGGGAGCCCCUCAGAGCAAGCUAGGCAGAAUAGCCUUAGUGGAAGCUCUGGCACAGCAGAUUCGUAAGCGCAUGAAAGUUCGGGUUCCAAAUCUUCUCUCUGGCACAGUCAAGGAAGUUCUUGGCAUGGAUUUUGUUGUUAUUACUGUUGAUCUCCUUUGCUUACAAGGGAAGUCUCAAAUAAUUCAGGAUGAAUUAGUGAGACUUGGGGAGCAGAUGGUUCAAAGUGCUGAGGGCACAAGAGCUCUAGCUUUGGAGCUUUGUCGUGAAUUUGAGGAUAAAUUUCUCCAACACAUUAUGACGGGUGAGGGUUCUGGUUGGAAAAUUGUUGCAAGUUUCGAGGGGAAUUUUCCAAAUAGAAUCAAGCAACUUCCUUUGGAUAGACAUUUUGAUAUCAAUAAUGUCAAGAGGAUUGUCUUAGAGGCCGAUGGAUAUCAACCAUAUCUCAUAUCCCCUGAAAAAGGUUUGAGAUCCUUAAUAAAAAUUGUGCUGGAGCUUGCCAAAGAACCAUCACGUCUCUGUGUUGAUGAGGUGCAUCGUGUCCUGGUGGAUAUAGUUUCUGCUGCUGCAAAUGCCACACCAGGUCUGGGAAGGUACCCUCCUUUCAAGAGAGAGGUUUUGGCCAUCGCAAGUGCUGCUUUAGAUGGGUUUAAGAAUGAAGCAAAAAAGAUGGUUGUCGCUUUGGUUGAUAUGGAGCGAGUAUUUGUGCCUCCACAACAUUUCAUCCGUUUGGUGCAAAGGAGGAUGGAAAGACAGCGCCGAGAGGAGGAGCUUAAGAACCGGUCCUCAAAGAAAGGGAAUGAUGCUGAGCAGGCUAUAUUAAACAGGGCAACCAGUCCUCAAGCAGGUGGUCAGCAAACAGGUGGAAGUUUGAAAUCAAUGAAAGAGAAAUCCAAUCCGGCAGAAAAGGAAGUGCAGGAGGGUUCUGGUUUAAAGACUGCUGGUCCCGAAGGAGAAAUAACAGCAGGUUUUUUAUCAAAGAAAAGUGCAAAGACUAAUGGAUGGAGCAAGCGAUGGUUUGUUUUGAAUGAGAAGACUGGGAAGCUCGGGUACACAAAAAAGCAAGAGGAGAGACAUUUUCGUGGUGUCAUCACUUUGGAGGAAUGCAAUAUUGAAGAGGUUCCAGAUGAGGAAGGACCUCCUCCAAAGAGUUCAAAGGAUAAAAAAGCCAAUGGACCAAAUACUAAAGCACCCAGUCUUGUUUUUAAGAUAACCAGCAAGGUUCCAUAUAAAACUGUUUUGAAAGCCCACAGCGCUGUUGUUUUGAAAGCUGAGAGUGUGGCUGACAAAGUUGAGUGGAUGAACAAGAUUUCAAAAGUUGCUCAACCUUCUAAAGGAGGGCAAACGAGGGGAGUAUCUCCUGAAGGUGGUCGUCCAAUGCGGCAUAGUCUUUCUGAUGGUUCUUUGGGGAUAAGUGGUGGUGUGCUGGGGACAUUCGGAGCAGUUCAUAGACUUGAUACGAUGGCUCGAAGGCCUGUGGAUCCUGAAGAAGAACUUCGAUGGAUGUCUCAAGAAGUGCGUGGAUAUGUAGAGGCAGUUUUGAAUAGCUUGGCUGCUAAUGUACCCAAAGCAGUUGUUCUUUGCCAAGUUGAGAAAGCAAAGGAAGAUAUGCUAAAUCAGCUGUAUAGCUCUAUCAGUGCUCAAAGCAUAGCGCGGAUUGAAGAGCUUCUUCAAGAGGACCAGAAUGUGAAGCGCAGGAGGGAACGCUACCAGAAACAGUCCUCUCUCCUUUCGAAGCUAACACGCCAACUCAGCAUCCAUGACAACCAAGCUGCUGCUGCUUCUAGCUGGUCUAAUGGUGAUGGAUCAGAGAGCAGCCCAAGCCCAAAGACAAAUGGUUCAGCUGGCGAUGACUGGAGAUCGGCAUUUGAUGCAGCUGCCAGUGGGGCUGUGGACUAUGGCAACUUGUCAAGACCUGCAUCAAAUGGUCACAGUCGGCAUUACAACAAUACAACACAGAAUGGUGAUGUCAUCUCCGGUCCAAACUCCAGCAGCCGUCGUACUCCUAAUCGGUUGCCACCUACUCGUCCACUGUCUGCUUCUUCAGGUUCCAGAUACUAA